AUGUACCGAUCGGUGUCGAGGAUGACGAGCUGGGCCGGCAGGUGUGGUGCGUUCACCGGGCUCGCCACCCAGCACGCCUCCCGCAGCUGUGCGCGCCCAGUGCCCCACUAUCCGCGCUGCUCCGGUGUGAGGUCCAGCAUGUCUAGUGCUGCCUCCACAGAGCUGGCCCAGGCCCCCGCCCCUGCCUUUCACGCCUACCUAGACUUCAAGGCCAUUCAGCGGGACCCUGCCUCCCUGGUGGAAAACUGCCGGCGGCGGGGAGCGAGCGCCGACCCAGAGCGGGUGGCGGCGCUGUAUGGCCAGUUUCUCGAGCUGCAGCAGGCGGCCGACCGGGUCAGGGCAGAGCGCAACCAGAACAGCGCCCAAAUGAAGGCCAAGCUGGGCGCGGAGGAGCGCGCGGCGCUUGUGGCCGCCGGCCGCCGGCUGAAGGGGGAGCUGGAGGGCUUGCAGGGACGACUGGUCAGCCUGGAGGCCGCGCUGCAGGUGGAGGGCCAGCGCCUGCCCAAUGCGACGCACCCCGCCUCGCCGGUGGGCGGGGAGGGCGCCGAGCGGCUGCUGCGCAGCGUCGGCACGCCGCCCGCGUUUGCCUUCCCGCCGCGCGACCACGUGGAGCUCGCGGCCCGCCUGGACCUGGUGGACUUUGCGGCCGGGAGCACCGUGGCGGGGCCCAAGUUCUACUACCUCAAGCACGAGGCGGCGCUGCUGGAGCAGGCGCUGGUGGCGCACGCGCUGCGCGCGCUGGUGGCCGCCGGCUUCGUGCCGCACGCGACGCCGGAUCUGGUGCGUGAACACGUGUUUGAGCGCUGCGGCUUCCAGCCGCGCGCGGCCAACACCCAGGUGUACUCGGUGGAGGGCGCGGGGCUGUGCCUGGCGGGCACCGCGGAGAUCCCGCUGGCCGGCCUGCACAUGGACGCGGUCCUGGAGGAGGACCAGCUGCCUCUCAGGCUGGCAGGCGUCGGGCACUGCUUCCGCACCGAGGCCGGCGCGGCAGGCGCUGCGGGGCGGGGCUUGUACCGCGUGCACCAGUUCACCAAGGUGGAGGCCUUUGUGCUGUGCACGCCGGAGCAGAGCGAGGCCCUGCACGAGGAGCUGCUGGAGCUGGAGGUGGGCCUGUUUGCGGGGCUGGGCCUGCACUUCAAGGUCCUGGACAUGCCCAGCGGCGACCUGGGCGCGCCGGCCUACCGCAAGUACGACGUGGAGGCCUGGAUGCCGGGGCUGGGGCGGUAUGGGGAGAUCUCCUCCGCCUCCAACUGCACCGACUACCAGGCGCGCCGCCUGAACAUACGAUACAGGCCGCGGCUCGAGGAGGUGGGGGACCUGGGUACCAGAAGGGCCCAGGGCACCCGCUUCGUCCACACGCUGAAUGCGACGGGGUGUGCUGUGCCGCGCAUGCUGGUGGCCAUCCUGGAGAACUUCCAGCAGGAGGACGGCAGCGUUGUCAUCCCGCCCGCCCUGCGGCCCUUCAUGAUGGGCCUGGAGGUCAUCCGCCCCAGGAAGGAGGCGCUGCGGGAGGCGGCGCGCGCGGGGGGGGCCUGA